GUGGUGGACAUGUCGCUCCCCACAGGCGUGAAGUUGGAGCGUUCUGCCGGUGGAGCUUCCUCGACCCAAGCAGCCGCUAAGAUGCUGGCAGAGGCCAAAUUCCCAGUGAUCCUGAAUGGCGCCGGAGCGAUCCUGUCGGGAGCUGUGGAGACCUCGGUGAAACUCGCAGAGCGCCUCUCUGCACCGGUCUGCUGCAACUACCAGCACAACGAUGCCUUUCCAGGCGACCAUCCUCUGCACAUGGGACCCCUGGGCUACAACGGAUCGAAGGCCGCCAUGGAAGCCAUCUCCAAGGCAGAUGUGAUCCUGGCAUUGGGCACAAGGCUGCAGCGUAUUCCCUGA